GGGGUGCCCGUGGUGGGGCCCAUCCUGCGCAGAGUGAUGGGACAUGUCUACGUCUUUGCUGUCACAUACGCUGUGGAGAAGCCCUGGAGUGAUGAGAGGACUCGUGCAGUGGCUCAGGAGGUGCUGGAGCUGCUGGUCCAGGCUGCAGGCUGUGGCUCUGUGGCUGAGUUCCUGCGGGGGAAGGAUGGAGAGGAGCAAGGAGGAUUUGGAGCAGUGAUGGGGCUCCUGAAGCAGGAGUUAACCAAGGACAGGUGGAAGUGUAACCCUGGCACAAAACAUGUGUUCUCCUGGACACUGCCCCACAUCACACGGCCCUGGCUCAGCCCUCACCUGGAGACAGUCCUGCCCCCAGCUCUGCUCAUCUCUGACGACUACCAGGAGGAGAACAAAGUCCUGGGUGUGCACUGCCUGCACCACAUCAUCCUCAACGUGCCAGCUGCAGAUCUGUGCCAAUUCAACAGGGCCCAAGUGGUCUAUCAUGCCCUCUACAACCACCUGUAUUCACGAGAGGCUCCUCUCAUCCAGGCAGUGCUGCUAUGCCUGCUGGACCUGCUGCCAAUCCUGGAGCGAUCUCAGCAGCACCAGAGGCAGGAGAGACACACCUCCCCCUGGGAUGAGGUGCUGCAGCUGCUCCUGACACACAUGGAGGCAGAGCACCGCCUGGCACUGCGCAGGGUGUAUGCAGGGACCCUGCCUGCCUUUGUCAGCAGCCUCGGCAUCCUGGUGGUGAGGCACCUGAAGAGGCUGGAGAGAGUCAUCCUCAGCUAUCUGGAAAUCUCUGAUGGCCCUAAGGAAGAAGCCAGGCUGGGAAUACUGGAGACACUGCAGUGUACCAUAGAGCAUGCCUGGCCCAGAAUGCCCUGCAGGCUCCCUGUGCUGCUCAAGGCCCUGCUGAGGUUCAUCUGGGACGUUCACACAGACCAGGGCUCGACACCAGAGCCUGUCAGAGCUGCCCUCCUCCAAAGGGCCACUCAGUGCCUCAUCCUGCUGGAUCACUGCUCCCAAGGACAGGUGAAGGUCCUGCUGGAAGGUGUGUACAGCAGCUGUGAGGAGAACCCUGUACGGGAGUGCAUCAGGAGAGUGCAGGAGAGCACGUGA